GGUUCUAUGAUUUAGCCUGUAAAAAUAUGAGGCGCUGGGGUCCGCCCAAUUCCUACAAUAAUGUGGACGACAAAUGGUCUAGGCCGGGGCGCUCAGGGGGUAAAGAAGUACCUCCGCCGCCUCAACUGCUAGCCUCGGGGCCUAUGCGUGGUCCCCACCCGAGUGGAGUGAACACGCUCGGACGGGGCUCGAUUGGAGGGCGCAAUACGAAGGGCUACAGUCUCGUGGAAAACGAUAAGUUUCUGGCGACUGCGGUGGCUGCCUCUAAUUGUAAAUCAGUGCUGCCUACGAGGAAGAAGAAAGACUACUUUGACGAAGAAUCGGACGAAGAUCUGCCCUACCAGCCGGCUCCUGACAGUCCCACAAGAACUGGGGCCGCUAACAGUGGAUCCGAUGACGAAGAAGAUCCUCUGGACGCAUUCAUGAGUGGGAUCGACAGUGAGGUGAAGAGGCAGGAAAAAGAGGACAAAAAGAAGGUAGCACAAGUCAGUGCAGAUGGUAAAAUUGAAGCGGAAGUUGUGAUUUCUGGCGGGUCCGGUAAAGGACAGCAGCCACAGGCAGUGAGGACAGAUUUAGAAGAGGAGGAUGUGGAGGAGUCUUACUACAGAUAUAUGCAAGAGAAUCCGACGGCCGGACUGUUGCCAGGGGAGGAUUUACCGGAAAUAGAAUACGACGAGGAGGGCAACCCGAUCAUAGAGAAGAAGAAACACAUUGAUCCUUUGCCUCCCUUAGACCACAAGCAGAUUGAAUACAGUCCCUUUGAGAGAUACUUCUACAAUGAGCACCCGGAGAUCGCAGGUCUUUCUAACAGAGAAGGGAAAUCACUGCGCUUCAAACUGGGAAUAAACGCCUCAGGCACUUUUGUCCCCAAUCCAGUCUGCAGUUUCGCGCACUUUGGAUUCGACGAACGUCUUUUGUCGGUGAUCCGUAAGAGUGAAUACACCCAACCCACGCCCAUUCAGGCUCAGGCUAUUCCGGUGGCUCUGAGCGGCCGAGAUCUGAUCGGAAUUGCGAAAACGGGCAGUGGGAAAACUGCGGCUUACCUGUGGCCAAUGAUUGUUCACAUUAUGGCUCAGCCUCAAUUAAGAAAAUUAGACGGACCAAUCGGCCUAAUCUGCGCUCCAACCCGUGAGUUGUCCCUCCAGAUAUACUCAGAAGCGAAGAAGUUCGGCAAAGCCUUUGGCCUGCGUGUUGUGUGUGCAUAUGGAGGUGGCAACAAAUACGAGCAGUGCAAAGCAUUGAACGAAGGAGCUGAGAUUGUUGUGUGUACUCCUGGACGACUGAUAGACUGCAUAAAAGCUAGUGCAACCAACCUCAAACGAGUGACGCUUCUGGUAUUUGACGAGGCAGACCGUAUGUUUGACCUUGGCUUUGGACCCCAAGUGAGGUCGAUAGCUGGUCACGUCAGACCGGACAGACAGGCGUUGAUGUUCAGUGCUACCUUUAAGCCCAAAGUGGAGAAUUUGGCCAAAGUGGUUCUGAAUAACCCUGUGCGAAUAGUGCAAGGCGAAGUGGGAGAUGCGAACGAAGACGUGACACAGCACGUGAAGGUAUUCAGCAGCAAGGAGGAGAGAUUCAAGUGGCUCUCAUCCUGCAUAGUGUCUUUCCUCGCCUCUGGACAAGUGCUGGUUUUCUCCACCAGAAAGGCAGACGCGGAGGAUUUGGCCGCCCAACUGAAGAGGAGGGACUUCGAUUGUGUGUUGUUGCAUGGAGAUAUGCACCAGUACGACAGAACAGAGAUGAUCACCAAAUUCAAGCAGGGUCAUUGUCGCCUCAUGGUAGCCACAGAUGUGGCAGCCAGAGGUCUGGACAUCCCCAGCAUCAAGACUGUAGUGAACUUCGACCCAGCGAGAGACAUGGACACGCAUGUGCAUAGAGUGGGAAGAACGGGCAGGGCGGGCGAGAAGGGCGAUGCUUACACUCUGCUGCAGAAGCCUCAGGAUGCAUUUUUCGCUUCACAACUAGUGCAAUCAUUGGAGGCCUCGCAUCAGAUAGUGCCUCAGGAGCUGAUCGACCUGGCGAUGUUUUCCUCCAAAUUCAGAAAGGGAGAGGGAGACAAAGGCUUCAACGCUCAGAAGUUGCAUCUUGGUCUAGGAUAUGCAACGUCAUCUAGCUCCUCUAAGCCGUCUUCGAGGUUCUCCCAGGAUAAUGAUCCAUCCUCUUCUGGACAGACUGUUGCAUCUGCGAGGGCAGCAUUGAAUCAAAAAGUUUCACCAUCUGCCGGAAUUCUUGGAAGCGCUGGACCCAGAGGCCCACAGUCGGGUCGAAUGUCAAUGAUGAGAUCCCAGUUUUCGAAACAAUUCCAGUCUAGCUUCCGAUCAGCUUCUUCCGAAGAUGCGGAAUCUACGAGCACCAUCCAGAACACUCCUCCAACGCCUCCAGAAGAAACUCGAUCCAGAUCGCAUAAACGUGAAAGUCGCUGGAACAACGAACAGACCGAUUACUACAAUCAACCUAAAAGUUCUAAGCCGAAUUAUUAUAACCCAGAACCUCCUGACUGCAGCUCAACUCCCAGAAAAGAUAAUCAAGAAUCAUCUAUGAGCCGAUUCCAACCUGAUAACCUCAAAUAUAACGAUUCAAAGGAAACCUCUAACUGUAAAGACGAUGAUUCGAAGUUUAAAGUUCCAUCUUUGCCCUUACCAUCGACAGUUUCUCAGACUAAUAAUGGGUCGCAGAAUUAUUCUGAAAUGAACUCGUCAACUGUAGACUCAAAACCACCUCCUAAGAAGAAAAGUAGAUGGGAUGUUUCGUUGAAUUUCUGGUGGAGCUAUUUCGUAUCGGGAUACUCAGAAGCGAAGAAGUUCGGCAAAGCCUUUGGCCUGCGUGUUGUGUGCGCUUAUGGAGGUGGCAACAAAUACGAGCAGUGCAAAGCAUUGAACGAAGGAGCUGAGAUUGUUGUGUGUACUCCUGGACGACUGAUCGACUGCAUCAAAGCUAGUGCAACUAACCUCAAACGAGUGACGCUGCUGGUAUUUGACGAGGCAGACCGUAUGUUUGACCUUGGCUUUGGACCCCAAGUGAGGUCGAUAGCUGGUCACGUCAGACCGGACAGACAGGCGUUGAUGUUCAGUGCGACCUUUAAGCCCAAAGUGGAGAAUUUGGCCAAAGUGGUUCUGAAUAACCCUGUGCGAAUAGUGCAAGGCGAAGUGGGAGAUGCGAACGAAGACGUGACACAGCACGUGAAGGUAUUCAGCAGCAAGGAGGAGAGAUUCAAGUGGCUCUCAUCCUGCAUAGUGUCUUUCCUCGCCUCUGGACAAGUGCUGGUUUUCUCCACCAGAAAGGCAGACGCGGAGGAUUUGGCCGCCCAACUGAAGAGGAGGGACUUCGAUUGUGUGUUGUUGCAUGGAGAUAUGCACCAGUACGACAGAACAGAGAUGAUCACCAAAUUCAAGCAGGGUCAUUGUCGCCUCAUGGUAGCCACAGAUGUGGCAGCCAGAGGUCUGGACAUCCCCAGCAUCAAGACUGUAGUGAACUUCGACCCAGCGAGAGACAUGGACACCCAUGUGCAUAGAGUGGGAAGAACGGGCAGGGCGGGCGAGAAGGGCGAUGCUUACACUCUGCUGCAGAAGUCUCAGGAUGCAUUUUUCGCUUCACAACUAGUGCAAUCAUUGGAGGCCUCGCAUCAGAUAGUGCCUCAGGAGCUGAUCGACCUGGCGAUGUUUUCCUCCAAAUUCAGAAAGGGAGAGGGAGACAAAGGCUUCAACGCUCAGAAGUUGCAUCUUGGUCUAGGAUAUGCAACGUCAUCUAGCUCCUCUAAGCCGUCUUCGAGGUUCUCCCAGGAUAAUGAUCCAUCCUCUUCUGGACAGACUGUUGCAUCUGCGAGGGCAGCAUUGAAUCAAAAAGUUUCACCAUCUGCCGGAAUUCUUGGAAGCGCUGGACCCAGAGGCCCACAGUCGGGUCGAAUGUCAAUGAUGAGAUCCCAGUUUUCGAAACAAUUCCAGUCUAGCUUCCGAUCAGCUUCUUCCGAAGAUGCGGAAUCUACGAGCACCAUCCAGAACACUCCUCCAACGCCUCCAGAAGAAACUCGAUCCAGAUCGCAUAAACGUGAAAGUCGCUGGAACAACGAACAGACCGAUUACUACAAUCAACCUAAAAGUUCUAAGCCGAAUUAUUAUAACCCAGAACCUCCUGACUGCAGCUCAACUCCCAGAAAAGAUAAUCAAGAAUCAUCUAUGACCCGAUUCCAACCUGAUAACCUCAAAUAUAACGAUUCAAAGGAAACCUCUAACUGUAAAGACGAUGAUUCGAAGUUUAAAGUUCCAUCUUUGCCCUUACCAUCGACAGUUUCUCAGACUAAUAAUGGGUCGCAGAAUUAUUCUGAAAUGAACUCGUCAACUGUAGACUCAAAACCACCUCCUAAGAAGAAAAGUAGAUGGGAUGUUUGCUGACUUUUUUGUAAUUCGUGAUAUCUAAAAGCCUUUGAUUUGACCUUGGACUUGCAGUUUUAUGUAUUUCUUGUUUCUAAAGCAGUAAUUCACUAAGUUUUGAAUU